AUGCUGACGGAACCUUUACGUUUCCUGGGGAGCGAGCUCCGACAUCUGGCGCUACUGCCCAGAAUGCCGGGAACAGUGUGCAAUAGGAGGCCCUGUCAAACGACUCCUCCUUUUGGGUUUCUCCCUUCGAUAAUAUGUCCACCCUGGAAGCGGCCACGCGUCAAAGCUCUCGUCCGGAAGCAGCCGUUGCGUCUGAGCUGCUUAGACACUCGACCGUUGCAAAGUCUGUUUGCUUCGGGUGUGGUCACAAGGGCGCUGCCAUGGGUGGGCUGGGGGAAAGGUGCAAUUGAAUCAGCUCUUGACGCUGGAGCAAGAAAAUGCAAUCUGAAGAAACACCGCCCGGUAACAUCAAGAGGCAGGGGAGUCGACGGAGGAGGGAGGCUGAACUGUGCUGAAAGGGAAAGAGCUCAAGCAGGGGAAACGAGCUCCGGGGAAACAAGCUCAGAAGGGCAGAGCCCGGAGGAAUCCCCCGAACCGCCCCUUCCCCACGUCUCGCUCAACUUACUUUGCUCGGAAACCGUGACCCUAGCCACGUACGCUGUCGGCUUAUCCGCCCUUUCGUGCGCAUGUUUCCCGCCUCUGAAGCUGUCACGUUUGCCCCUUGCCGAGGCAGCUUUUUUCCACAUCUUGCUGGCAGCGUACGCUUUUAACCUCGUACGUAAGGCGCUGCAAGCAUUCAAAGAAGAUACGGCUGACCUCGGGGGAGUUCUCCAGCCACUCGUGACGGUCGGGCUGUACUGGAGCAAGUUCGUAACGCUCCGGUGGUGCGCUUUCGCUCUUCUCGGGGGCAAAUCGCAACUAGGCGCGGGGACGGUCCUCUUUCUCUCCGCAGCUUUCUUUGUCCUCCCCCAACCGCUGCCGUUCUUCAUCUUGCUCCUUAGCCGCUCCCGCUGGUCAGCGCGUCUUAGUGGGACCCUGAUCGCCCGGUUGGAGUCUCUUCUGUGCGUGGCGCUUCUAGUUAGCGCUCUCCCCGGGCUGCGCCUCACCUUCAGAGUAUUUCACCGGGCGGCCAAAGAGGGCCUGCCCAAGUGCCCCCUCCCUAGUUGGGACUGCGAGUCCUCCAGAACACUCCUGAUCGCUCUCUUCCCUGCUCUCAACUGGACGUUACACCCAUACGCACUGGACUGGACUUCUGAUCGGGUGGCGCUUCUCCCGCUUCCCUGUAGAGUUCCCCUCCCGGUGCCGGUGCCCCGGUGGGAACUCUUGACAUCCUCCUGGAGAGCGCUUCUUUACGCGGCGCCGAUGAUCCUCCCCCUGGCGCGGCUGCUCGCGGCCGCGGCUGCGGCCAAACCCCAGGGAUUAUCCGCGGGGACAAACUGCACCCUGGUGCUUUGUUCCAGGCCGGUGCAAAUGAGUGCGUUCGUUUCGGUCGUCGAGCUUCUGCUCGUGAGACAGGGUGAGGCGUGCGCGACUGCUUUGGAGCAGAAGAUGGAGACAGAAGAAGCAGAGAUUGAGAGCCUAGAUAAAAAGUUGCUUGAGGACUUCGACAGGAUGCUAAUCGAUUCGUUAUUCUAG